AUGCUAGGACGUUCUAUGCUAGGUUCUACUGCUGCAAGGUCAGUGAGAUGUCAACGUCGUGGAAUAUUCCUCCCUACAGCCGCAAUAUACAGCUUGGGUUCACUAGUGUUUGGUAAGGAAGCAAGAUUGGCAGAUGCCAUGGAGCGUGGUGAUUUACAUAACAAGAACGUAGACUAUGCGAAAGAGGCUGAAGAACGCACCGAGUCACGUAUUAUGGCUCUGGCUAAUAGUAGACCAAUGAAGCCCCGGUACGAAGGCCAUGUCCCCCUCUAUCGGUAUGAGAAGCUGCUACUGUUCGCGAUAUCCGGCUGGAACUCAUUCUUCCAUCCUGAAGAUGGUUAUAACAUUGUUCAGCUGGGUGAGGCGACUGCCCUGCCAGUCUUUCUUGAGAAUUUGAAGCAAACAAUGCUCAGUGAUCCCUCGGGGAGGCGUAUCCUGAAGGAGCAACCCAAUAUUACGGCGGACAUUUUACACAUGGAUAAGCUAGCCAAGUUGCCGCAUAACACUUUUGGGUACGUUUACUAUCAAUGGUUGAAAAGGGAGAAUGUUUCUCCAGACACCAGAGCGCCUGUCAAAUUCAUCGAUGAUCCCAUGCACGCGUAUAUCUUUAAGAGGUAUAGACAAUGCCAUGAUUUCUACCAUGCUCUAAACAACUUGCCGAUUAUCAUUGAAGGGGAGGUCACCAUAAAGGCUCUCGAAGGUGCCAAUUUAGGGGUUCCCAUGGCCAUUCUUGGUGGUAUCCUUGCACCUUUGCGGCUGAAAAAGGCGCAACGGGAAAGGUUAUACAACACAUACCUCCCCUGGGCCAUCAGGACAGGACUAAGUUGCAAGCCAUUGAUCAACGUGUACUGGGAAGAAAUGCUAGAAAAGGACGUUGAUGCCUUGAGAAAAGAACUGCAAAUAACUCCUCCUCCAGAUCUAAGAGCGAUGAGGAAGAAGCGUGCAGCCCUUAAAAAGGAGCUUGACGUCAAAUACAAUACACACGUGUGA